UUUCUCCCUUCCCCCUGGCUUCCUGUUGGGACUUCCUCUCAGUCCUGUGACACCAAGACCCUGACUCUUACCCCAGAGAUGCUGCUGCUGCUGUUGCUGCUGCUGGCCCUGCUGUGGGCAGGGUCCCUGGCUCAGAAUCCAAGAUUCCGCCUGGAAGUGCCGAGGUCUGUGACGGUGCAGGAGGGCCUGUGUGUCUCUGUGCCCUGCACCUUCUUUUACCCCCAGGAUGGCUGGAACCAGUCUACCCCAGCUUAUGGCUACUGGUUCCGGGAAGGAGCCAAAACAGACAAGGAUGCUCCUGUGGCCACAAACAACCCCAAUCAUACAGUGAAGAACCAGACCACUGGUCGAUUCCACCUUGUUGGGGAUCCCCAGACCUACAACUGUUCCCUGCACAUCAGAAACGCGCAGAAAAGAGACACAGGGAGAUACUUUUUCUGGGUGGAGAGAGGAUCCUCUGUGAAAUACAGUUACAUACACAACCAUCUCUCUGUUCAAGUGACAGAUCCGGUACCUGACAUCCACAUCCAGGGGACCCUGCAAUCUGGCCACCCCAACAACAUUACCUGUACAGUGUCAUGGGCCUGUGACAGAGAGACACCACCCAUCUUAUCCUGGAUUGGGGUUGACCUCACACCCCUGGGUCUCAGGACUCCCAGUUUCUCAGUGCUCACCCUCACACCAGGGCCCCAGCACCACAGCACCAACCUCACCUGUCGGGUGGAAAUGCCUGGUGGUGAGAUCAGGGAGAGGACCGUCCAGCUCAAUGUGACCUAUGCCCUCCGGAACCUGACCAUUGUGUCCUUGACAGAAGGCACAGUUGCUGAAGUUCUGGCCAAUGGCUCAUCUCUCCAAGUCCAGGAGGGCAAGUCCCUGCACCUGGUGUGUAAAGCUGACAGCAACCCGCCCACCAGUACAAGAUGGACCCGGGGCAGCCUGACCCUGGAGUCCACGGACCCAGGGGUCCUGAUGCUGCCCCAGGUGGAACUGGAGGACCUUGGGAAAUACAUCUGCAGAGCUCAGCAGCUCGAGUCAGCCUCUCUGGAAGCCUCUGUGACCCUCAGAGUCAAGAGAAAAUCAGGGCCCAGGGCAGCAGUGGUAGUGGUGGCCAUCGUGGAAGCAGCUGCUAAGACACUACUCCUGCUGCUCUGCCUCAUCGUCCUCAUGUGA